AUGCGACUCAUUUUCUUGCUGUUAGCUCUACUUCCCUUUAUUCAAUCUACUCGAAAUGUCACUUGUACCAAUGACUUUACUCUACGUAAGUUUGCUGGGAAUUUGGUGACUAUCAGGAAUCCGGAGGAAAAUUCAGCGCUUGCAACGUUCGUCGGAUACCAAACAAAGCGUGUGUGGAUCGGGUUAUACUGUUUUGGAAGUGAAUGGAAGGACUGUUUCCCUACAGUUGAUAUCUACAAAUGUGUGUUCUACAAAGUCACUGGAUCCCGUGAGAGUUUCUGGUUAAGUGGUGAUUGCAGCCAGGAUUUGAGAUCGUUCGUUUGUGAGAUACCAACUACUUUUAAAGAUAACUGCUCGCUAAACUACAAUGGAAGUUGCUAUUUCCCAAUAGAAGUUAUUAAACAAGGGAUCGGAAAAGACUUGACACAAGUGAUGUGUCAAGCCGAUUGUGCAGAUCUUGUGUCAAUUCACUCUGCCAAUGAGAAUCGCUUCAUUCAAAACAUUUAUCAAAACCGUGAUUCCAUUGAUUCCAUUUUACUUGGGGCCGUGACACAAGCUGGUAAGCAGUCCAUUUGGAUGGAUGAUACCAAUUGGGAUUUUUCAAACGUGGAUCACAAUCAUUAUACAUAUGGAACUUGUCUGAAAAUGUAUCUCCAAAACAAUGGAAGUCGGUCAAAAGGAUCAUGGUACAUUACUCCAUGCGAGGAGUAUCACUACUUCAUGUGCAAACGUCCAGCAGGGAUGUCGUGCAGUGAAAUAUCAAGGACAAAAUCUUUCCCAGAAGCUUCCAAAACUAUCUCGGGAUGCGGUGGAUCUCUGAUGAUGUCCGGAUCGUUUUCUUCGCCAAACUAUCCAGAGAUGUAUCCCAAUUUCCAAAACUGCUCCUACUCUUUGUCAACACUGGCUGGACAACGGAUUCGAAUCACUUUUCAAAGCAUAGCGAUAGAGGCGAGAUACGAUAAUAUCACAAUCUUUGAUGGUGAGCAAGAGGAACGUCCAUCGGCGGCAGUGACACUCACUGGAAACUACACAGAGCCUUAUUAUUACGAGUCUUUGAGCAACGUUGUAAAUGUUAUAUUUACUUCCGAUAUCUCGAAUACUGAUUAUGGCUUUACUGCAAAGUUUGUAACCAUUUCAUGA